GUUUUCAUGACGAAGUACACCUUCAUCUUAAAGCGGAAGUAAAGAUUGACAGCUUAAUAAGUCUAAAGCAGGUCUUUCGAAUGCAGGCUAGUGUUGAAUUAUGAAAUAUGGGGUUUGGGACAGACCUGCAAGGCAAGGAUUCCCAUGAUGCCCUAGUGCGUUGCCAUGACACUGAAAUUAGAUUGUAUGAAAACAUUAAACGUUGCUUAAAUAUUCGGAUAGACAGUGAUAAAAAGUAUGCGACAUCUUUAACAACAUUUGUACAACAAGCUCAGAAAGUGGAUUUCUCUGAAUUUUCUCCAACAUGUGCUGUAAUGCAGGCAUGGGAAGUUAUCAUUCAGGAGACGGAGAAAUUUGUCCAGCAAUUAAAGAGAAACGUAGAAGAACUGACGACAGACACAAUGGAAAAGCUGAACGAGAUAUUACAUGAGAAAAAGACAGUGAAAAAACAGUAUUUAGAGGAUAGAAACCAUCUAGAAAAUGAUUUCUCUAAGGUACAGACAGCUGUUAGAACACAGAAACAAGAAUAUGAUAAAUGUCUGGGCAAACUUCAACAGGAUCAGGCCAAACUUCAGGAUCUUAAAGGGAAAGCUAAAUCUGGUGGAAAGUUGGACAAGGCUAAAUUAGACCAUAAAAAAUCCAUGGUAAAAUUACAUACAGUUCACAACAACUACGUUUUAUCUUUAAAAGAAGUGUGCUUACAUCAAAAAGAAUAUCUCAAUCAGACUUUACCUGAAUUUUUAGAUUCUCAUCAAGCAACGCAGGAAGCACUUGCUCAGCAAUGUAAAGAUUUCCUGCAGAGUUUUUACAACAAUACAAAUUUUUGUAAUAAAGAUUUCUGUGAUAUGUCCAAACAAAUAUCCGACUCCAUCGAAGAAAUAGUCCCUGAAAACCACUUUGUACAGUUCAUAGAUGCCUUCAAAUCCGAUCCAAUAGAAAAUGUGACGUUUGAAUUUGAUGAAGGUUUAAUAAGUAGCGUAACAGGUGAUCUUAAAGCUGACACAAUACAACUCAACGCAGAGACACACGAAGCCCUCAAAACAAGGUUACAGUCAAUUGAAGAGGAAGAAAGCACAACAAAACAAGAACUAGAAAGUAAGGAAGAGGCCCUGAAAGAGGUGGAGGAUACUAUCACACAAUUAGAAUGUAGUCCCAAAGAUAAAGACAAUAAUAUGUUAUUAAAGAAAAGGAGACAACGACAUCUACAGAAGAAACGAGAAAGACACAAAUGUCUGUUAGAAGUUACAGAAACAAAAGCAAAGUUGGAAAUACAAUCACAGAUGAUUCAACGGAUAAAAGAGUCACUUGAUGCUGCAGGGGAUGAUAUGCCUAAAAUGUUAGACAAUGGUGAUGACUGUGAUGUCUCUUUGACUAGUGAUACCAACCAAUCACCAAACAGUACCAUAGCUAAGGCAGGGAAACCAUUCAAGUCAUUAUUUAAUAAAUUCAAGAAAGCAGACGGAGGUGAGAAGAGCACGCACUAUGAACCUAAUGACGUCCCUGAUGCUAAUCAUACAAAUAAUGCACAUGAAGUCAACUCUAGUGAUGUGGAGGCUGUGUUGGAAGAACAGGAGUGGUUCCACGGUGUUCUGCCAAGGGAAGAGGUUCAACGUCUGCUCAAUAAAGAUGGUGACUUCCUUGUUAGAGAAAGUAAAAACAAGCGAACAAGUGAAGUUCAAUAUGUCCUGUCAGCAUUUUGGAAUGGACAUAAACACUUUAUUAUACAGUAUGGAGAGGGAGGAUGGAGGUUUGAGGGAGAUUCUUUCCCAUCCAUUCCAGAGUUAGUGACGAUCCAGUAUAAAAGUGGGACCAUUGUGACAGCUAAGUCUCAGUGUAUACUGAGUAACCCAAUCAUCAAAGAACAAUGGCAGUUAAAUAAUGAUGAUGUCGCUUUAGAGAUGAAGAUCGGCAAUGGUAAUUUUGGUGAGGUAUACAAAGGCAUAUACAAACCUAAAAAUCAGGUUGUGGCUAUUAAGACUUGUCGAGAUACACUCUCUGAUGAUCAAAGGAAAAAAUUCUUACAAGAAGGAAGGAUAUUAAAGCAGUAUGAUCAUCCUAAUAUUGUACAGUUCAUUGGAAUAGCUGCUCAGAGACAACCUGUCAUGAUUGUGAUGGAAUAUGUGGCAGGUGGUGCAUUGUUAAGUUAUUUACGGAAACAUGGGAAAACUCAAUCUAAGAAACAGUUAACAAAGAUGUGUGAAGACGCAGCUAAUGGAAUGGCAUAUCUGGAAAAUAAAAACUGUAUCCAUAGAGAUCUAGCAGCCCGUAACUGUCUAGUUGGUGACAACAAUGUUGUUAAGAUAUCAGAUUUUGGAAUGUCCCGAGAAGAAGAGGAGUAUACUGUAUCAGAUGGACUGAAACAGAUCCCCAUAAAAUGGACAGCACCAGAGGCCUUAUUAUAUGGUAAAUACACUUCUCUUUGUGAUGUAUGGAGUUUUGGUAUAUUAAUGUGGGAGAUAUUUUCUGGUGGAUUAACACCAUACCAAGGCAUGUCGAAUGCUCAAGCCAGAGAGAGAGUUGAUGCAGGAUAUAGAAUGCCAGCAUCAGAUGGAACACCAGAAGCUAUAUAUAUGCUAAUGAAGAAGAUAUGGGAAUAUAACCCAACAGACAGACCACAUUUUGAAGCAAUCAGAAAAGAAUUGAAAUCUAUACAUCAUAACUUAUAGCAAUGGAGUGAGCUGAAUUGUGAUAUUGUUCGAACUAAGGGCUCUGUACAGCUAUUUUUAAAUUUUUAAUGCAAAAUCAUGUACUGUGAAAAACUUUUAAAUAACCGUUUUUAUGUGUUACUGUUUCCAUGGAAACCUUAUAUUUUAUAAAUACAAACAAUAGUAGGUUUCAAGAAAUAAAAAUUAAAUCAUAGACCUUUAUUUUUGUUAAAACAAUUCAACUUUUAUGAAAAAUGCACUUUGUGGGUAUGUAUAGGGGAUCUCCAUUUCUGUGAGAGAAAAAAAUAUUUUAUUGUCCCAUUAUUCUCUAUUCAUUAAUUUUUGGGCCCAUUUUUCUCAAUUUAUAAUACGGCCCAUUAAUCUGUUAUUUGAAAACCCCAUCCAGACCCUCCACUAUGGCCUUUCUUACUGCUUAAAAGACUGAAAAUCUUUAUAAUUGACCCAUAUGUUUACAGUGAAUUAUACUAUGGUAAAUUGUUAGUAAUUACUUACCCUCCACUUAAACCCACCCCAUGGACAAAAAAAUCAACAAAUGAUAUUUUUUAAUAUUUCAGGGCAAAUUUUUAUAUACAAAAAAUAGUGCGUCACCUGUUUAUGUUAAACAUUUUGUUUGUAAUUUGUAGACAUAUAUUGUCUAAUGCCACUGAUAUAGCGGCACACUUUUUUUUUUUAAAUUUUGAAAAGAAUAUGGAAAGUUUUAAUAUAGAUGUAUGUUGAUGUAAAAAAUGAGUUAGCUCAGGUCUUGUUUAUUCAUGUUAGUUGCUGUUAUUGAAGAUCGUGAUAUAUUAUAGAAUUCAGACAAAUAUGUUUAAUUUGAAAUAUGGGCUUGUAUAUUUCUUCAACCUUUAGAUAUUUUAUCUUUGAGUUAAAACAAAUGUCAUCAUGCCUUCCAUAAAAAAUUCCAGAGAUAUUAAGUUCUAUAGAAUGAGGUUUGACUGUAAUGCAAAAUAUCAAAACUAAGACAAUGACAGGAAUGUUUCUUUUUAUUUUGCUUUUUUAAAUUAGGAAAUUCUUAUUUUAUUUUGUCUUUGAAAAUAUUUGUAUUUUUUUCAUUAAUAGAACAAUCUUGUUUGUCAAUGAGGAUAUAGAUGACAAUUCAUAUUGUUUCAGAUCUCUAAAGAACUAGGGGUAAUUUCAUUUUUCUUCCCACAAAUGAGAAUAAAGUCACGUCAUUGGUUGAAUUUCAAUUGUUUGGGACAUUGUAAGACAGUGUUUUGGUGCAAGCUUUUGAAAAUAUUACCCAGAAUGCAUUAGAUUCUGAAACGGUGAAUUGCCCAAUUAAUAGGAUUCCAUUGUACUACUAUGUUUGUCAAUCAAUGUAAGACUAAAAGUAAAAAAAAGAAAUUAUUGUAUCAUUGUGUAAAUUUUUAAUACUAAAAUUUGUCCUUUUUUAAUCGCUACUACAUUAAAAAAUUUGCAGUAGGAAUGUGAGGAAGAUUUUUUGUUCUCACAUUUGCAGAUUUGCUUUAUGAAAAUUUAUUCUAUAUCGGCUAAUGCAAUAAUAGUUUUGAGUUCUCAAUAUGCACUAAUCGUUUUUUUUUUUGGGUGGAAAAAUUCAUUAGUAUAAUUCAUUAUAUAUGACAGGAUUAUUAUCAAUUGCCAAAAUGUUUCUUGUUGCAGUUGGACAAUGCUCAUGAAUUUAAAAAUUUAGAAAAACUUUUUUUAUUUUAUUUAUGUAGAUGUUUUUAACAGUGUUUAUAUGAAAUUUGGCCUUCUGAAACUGUCUAGUAGUGGGAUCAUUUUUACAUAUAAGUUAUUUUAAUUAACUAUCUUUAGAAAACAAAGAUACAAUUCCCAGGUUCAUUUUCAUAUGUAUUACUAUAUACUGUAAAUUCAGAAAUUUUUGUGAGGUUUUUAUACUUGCAAACAAUGUGAAAGGAUAAUUUUAGCAAAAAUAAAAAAUGCAGUUUUAAUAUUAUACCAUUAUUUACAUGUAGAAUUUCCUAAUCAUGCUUUUUUGUCUAUUGUCCCACAAUCCCAAUAAUAUAUGCACCCACAAAUUUUUGAAUUUACAGUAUUUUUAUUUUUUUAAUCAAUUGUGCCUUAUACAGGGUUUUUAUAUUGAAAGUGAAUUUAUCACAUUAAAUCUUUUAAUAUCUCAGGACAGUUGGCAUAAAAAAAAAAUACAAUAUGUAAGGCUGUUUGUAACAAGCAAAUAUAUUGUUAAUAAAUAAGAAUAUUGAAAAUAUGGCCACAGUUGAGCAAGAUGUUUUUGAUCAGAAUUUGUCAUCAUGUUUAAGGUUUGUCCAACUCAUUUUAGAAAAUGUUUUUUUAGAGGCUAUAUUGAAGAUUGAAAAUUGCAUUAUAAAAGAUGUGCAUACCCUCUACUUAUUUUUGAAACAGAAUUUUGCAAAUAUAGGGCACCAAAGAUUUGUUUUACCAUCAUUACUUUUGCAAAAUAAAGUUUUCUUCACAAAUUUCUCCAAUAGUACCGUUUUAUCAAGACUACUGUCAGAAUAUGUAGAGGAUGGUCGAAGGGCUGAAUUUGACUAAAAUCAUUAACUUUCUCAACAAAAAGACUUCAUAUUUGGUCAGCAGCCCAACAAUGAUCGAUUGUGAUGUAUGUGCACUUUUCAGAUCGGUCUGACACAUACAUCCUGUUUUGAUAGUUUUAGUUACAAGUAGGGGUAUGCAUAGCAUGACAAUGCAUGGAACAUCUUAUUUUAGACGUAGGGAAAUCUAAUAGCACAAUACAGAAUUAUACAUUUUUUUUAAUAUGUUGGUAGGUAAUACAGAAAUUGUCAUUAAAGAUUAAAGUGGGACUAACAGUAGACUUCCAUUUCACAUUAGGUACUGACCAAUAUGUACAUUACUUUUAUAUGAAAUCAAGAUGACCUUUCUGUUUAGAUAUAUAUAAACCAAUUGAAAGGGCAGUCUGUCAUGACUUUUAUAACAACUUUAUGAAUGAACCAUAAAAUUCAUAUAAAAAAAAAUUUACAAAACCGUAAAUUGAAGAUAAUUCCAUUGAUAAAGACAUGAAAUUCCAUCUAAUUAUGUUACAUGAACUGUUAUCGUUGGUUCAUGUCUGUUAUAUUUGUUUUUCGGUAAUUGUUUUGUUUUAAAUUCGGCUGUUAGUUUUCUCAAUUGAAUUGUUUCAUAUUUUUCAUGUGGGGGGGGGGGGGGGGGGGGCUUUUGUAGCUGACUAUACGGUAUGGGUUUUUCUCAUUGUUGAAGGUCGUACGGUUGCCAAUAAUUGCUUACGUCCACUUUAUUUGAACUUUGGUGAAUAGUUGUCUCAUUGGCAAUCAUACCACAUCUCCUUAUUUAUUUUAAUAUUGUAACAUGUAUAUAAUAUGAAUUCGUGACCUGAAAUUACAUUAUGUUUUUGUAUAUGAAAUUAAAGCUCAUUAAUCAAUACAUUGUAUUUUGUUACAUGAUGUUGAUAAAAUUUUUAAUUGAAUUGUCAGAUCUUUUUAAAUGUUAGAUUUUAUGUAAUCUUGUGUCUGCUUAACAUUUUUUUUUUUUUUUUUUUAACAAUAACAAAUAUUUUUAUUCAAUCAUUUCCUGAUAUAUAAAUACCUAAGUAGCCCAGGUCGCAUACUUAGGGGCCCCUGUAUUUUAACAGCCUCACUUGACCAGGGAAACAAUCAAAUGAAUUUAAACUUACAAUAGUUUUACAUACAUAUAUUUAACAUUUUUUUAAUUCUGUGAUAUUUUGUUAUUCUAUGCAUUUUUGCAUCCAACUUUUUUAGCAUUGUAUAUUGUACCUAAUUUUUUUUAACAAUCUAAAAGUGUAUGUAUUUUUGUUUUAACAAAAUUUUUUUUUUAUUAAAAACCAUAUAUGAGCUGAGUCGGAUAGAAAUCGACCUUAUGCAACUUAAUAUCAAUACAUCUGUUAACCUAUUUCGGGUUGAAAAAAUCUUUACUGAAAGUAUGUUACUGUUAGCAAAUUGAGCUGUAAUAAGAACCCUACAAAACAGACCAACAUUCUUCUUUUAUUUCGUAUUUGAACGUUCUAAAAAUCAAACAAAGCCUUAAACAUGUACAUGUAUAGGUGCACUUGCAUAAGGUCGAGUUCUAUCAGAUGCAGCUCAUAUUAUUAUAUUUAAUUUAAUAUUGAACUUUUAAAGCUCGACUGUCUGCAGGAAAUACACACUGGAAAUAUUACUUGUAAUUUUGGUCAUUAGACGGCAUGUUGUCACAAGAUAAUGCAUUGUGGAUUCAUUAUUAUUUGGGGGUUCUAAAUUCAGUAGAGUUUGUGAGUGUAGCUGAACCAUAAUUUACAGGGUUCAGCAACAUAUAAGAUUCUUAAAGCAGGGGUUCAAAUUAGUGUGAGUCCGAGGUCAGAGACCUGUCUUUUCUAGGAGGGGACUUUUCAUUUUUAAAUUACAAAAGUCAAGGACCCACCAUUCUUUACACUGAUGCUUGAUACACGACCAUUGAUUUCUUAUGGAGGACCCUUCACUUAAAAUUUCAAAUGGUCCUGGACCUUUCAUUAUUUAAAGCAAAUUUGAACCCCUGUUAAUAAAGAAUGUAGAGUUUGUCAAAAUCACAAAAUCAAGUAUCCAUGAAAAAAGAUUAUUUCCUAAUACAUGAAAAUUGGUAUCUCCCAAACACAAAUGAUUCCACAGUAAUCAUAGUAUCUCCCAAACACCAAAGAUUCCACAGUAAUCAUGGUAUCUCCCAAACACCAAUGAUUCCACAGUAAUCAUGGUAUCUCCCAAACACCAAUGAUUCCACAGUAAUCAUGGUAUCUCCCAAACACAAAUGAUUCCACAGUAAUCAUGGUAAUAGACUCUUUCAUGGUUAUAUGCAAGCAUGUUUUAAAAGCUAUAAUACAACAUUAGAAGGGCAAACGGACAGUUGUUUUUACGUCAUUUUUUUUCUUUUGUGGCUUUUUAGUAACAGAAAAAUUGUUCUAAACAUUAGCUCACAAAGCAGAAAACAAUGCUAAAAUAAUAUUUAUUUAUUUUGUAAGUUCCAAAAUAAUUUAUGUAACUUUUGAAUUGGAAUGAAUUGUAUGGUAUCCACCCAUAACCAAUUUGCUGUUAGGAAAUUCUAUAGAUUUAUAAUUUAUUGUGUGAAUACAAUGUAAAAAGAAACGAUAGGUAUAACGUCAAUGCAACAGCAAACCAACUACACAAAAAAUCAAGAGACAACUAACAUUUGUAUUGCAAUCUUUGAUAAGAGACACUAAUUUGAUAUAAAUUAUUAUCUUCCUCCCUUCACCUAUAUUACAUUGAUCAGUCACUCUGUUAUUCUCUUAUCAAGGCUUUUUGAGGUGAGCAGAACUUAUCAGCAUCAUAAACAAAACAGAAAAGCAGCAUCUUUUGCAUGGAGCAAAACCUGUACAAAAUUGGUUAACUGAUUUUUUUAUAAGCUGGUAUGAAUACAAGGGAACACACUGGCAAACUCCAUGACAUUGUAUCUUGCCAUAACUUAACCUUUGCUUUUCUCAGUGUUUCACAAAAUUAUUGUUUUCCUAUUUAGAAAUAAAACAUGCUGCUGAGAAUGUACUUUACUAUAAAAAGAUGGCUUGAUAUAGAAUUUCAAGAUGGUUGGUCCCAAUACUUGUUUAAAUAUUUUUGAAUAUAAUUAAAUAGAAAAAUUCUACACUUUGAAUUAGCUUUUACACACAACAAAAUGAGAUUUGAAACAAAGUUGCCUCCCCUUGAUAAUUUGAUUAUGGGUCAUAAUCGUUAAAUGUCUUGGUUGCCUCCCCUAAUUAACUUGAUUUGGGGUCAUAACCUUUAUAUGUCUUGGUUAUGUUUCUUAAAAUAUAAGACAAGUCAAUAAUUUUUAAGAAUAUCUUGGUUGCAAUGAAAUACCGUGAUUUCCCAGUUAAUAAAAAUUCCCAAUGUCACAUGUGAAAUAAAUCUGAUAAUUACACUACUCUGACUGUCAUACAAUAAUGGGUGUUGUCAAGACAUUGUCUAUGAUGUUGCAUCAAAACAAAUUAGGAAUACGUAGAAUUCCUUGUAUUUUCUACUUUAUUUCCAUUAAAAAAACAGUCAAUGUAAUAAAAAGAAAAACUAUUAAAUCAAAGAAUUCAAAUAUUGAAAAAUAUUUAACUUGUGACUGAACAACACUCAAAAUUAGUGUGUUGUUUGGUCACUUGUUGAAUAUUUUUCUAUAUUUUAAUUUUUCAAUUAGUUAUUCUAUAUCUGUUUAAUUCUUCCCUAGAUACAAUAGUGUACAGUGAUAUAUUAUAGCUCAAUCAAGUAGCUCAGUCCAGUAAAUAAUGUAAUGUUAACAUAUUCCAUUUUCAUAAUUUUUUCACAUAUACUAAUACACAUUAUUAGUUUUAAAGACUUUUUGUGAUGAAAGUCCAUAUUGAAGGUUAAUGAAGAGGAGAGCUAACACUACAUCAUAAAAUGUUAUAUUUGUAUAUUAAGAAAUUUUUGUGAUGUUUUUAUUGUUGUGAAAAAUUGCAAAAGGAUAGGUUUCGCAAAAUAAGAACUCGCAUAUUAAAUUUUGACAGCAUUAUUGGUGUGCAGCAUUUUCUGCUGGAAUUCAACAUGCACUUUUCUCCACUGUUUUAAUAUCACAAAAAUAAAUGCAUGCAAAAAUUUCUGAAUUUACAGUACUGUAUAUAUGAAUAAUUUACAUUUCAUUUGAAAUGACAAAUAGAAUAGAUCUAAUUUUAUUCUCUCAUGUUGAUUGUAUGACCACAUCAGGUUUAUUUAUAGAAUCUUGUCUCUGCCUGUCCUCUCUGCUAUUGGCCCACACUAAAUUUUAUCAUGAAUUUUUUUUGUGCACAAAAAUUGUAUUUUUCAAGUGUUUGGUUUUUUUGCACACAUGUGCUUUUAUAAUAAGAAGUUAUUCCUUGUUAAAAAAAUUCCAAUUAUAAAAAUAAAACAAAGAAUUUUAUUUUGUCAGUUCAUACUGAGUUAUCUUUGACAUUUUUUAGACUUGCCUCUGCAAGUUCUACAAAAUCUUUCAGAAAUCAGAGCAGUCUCUGACUUAUACUGAGCAGAUGUACCAGUUCCUUAGAAAACAAAAUCUUACCAGUCAUCCAAUGUUUCAAUCAGAUAGAAUUUAAGAUCCUGUGCCAAUACAUACAGGUACCUUCAAAAUUUUAACUGCAAAUGUUCUGUAUUUGAGUCAGAUUGUCAAUGUUUUAGUGACAAUUUGACAAGGAUUUUAUAAAUCAACUUGACCUUUAGAUAUUACAGAUUUAUAUUACUGUUGAUGCUUUUUAAUGAGUCUCAUGCCUCGUUUUUAGAAUUAUUGUUUUUUUAAUUAAUUUAAUUGUCUAAUCUACAUAAAACGUCAUUGUGUAUCUUUAUUUCAUGCUUUUAUAUAUUUAAAACUCAAGGUUGCCAAAUAUGAAAAAAUAGUAUAUAUUGUAAAUUGUUGACGCUUAUGUUUAAAAUAUAGUAUUGAAAAUAU